CGAGGCAACUGGGCGGGAGCGUCGUUGAGACGCCUGCACCUUACCCACACACCGUGCUACACACAGCACAGUAGUUUCCACAUCCUUCCGGACCACCAAGGACAAGACAGCUCCAAUCGCCAUAAGCGUGAAGAAGGGCUCAGACAGAGACAAUUCAAAGUCCCGCACAGCCCUGUGAUCUCAACUCCAGCGCAUUUGGUUUUACUGUCAGCAAAUGUGCCGCAAGUUGUCACAUUCAUGCCCCGGGUGAAUUUCUGCGCGAUUUCCAGGAACUGAUCGCACUUCCAGUGGAGGGAAAACCCCAAUUGAUUAAUCUUCACGAUGGCCGUAGCAAAUGGCCACAAUCGGAACCCGGCGGCGAUCGGUGGGAACGAGCUGAAGAUUGUGAUAGUUGGGGAUGGAGGCUGUGGGAAAACGUCCCUGCUCAUGGUAUUCGCCAAGGGGGACUUCCCAGAACAAUAUGCCCCGUCAGUAUUCGAGAAGUAUAUGACCGAUAUCACAAUUAGAAACAAGAAAGUCACCUUGACUCUAUAUGACACGGCAGGUCAAGAGGACUAUGACAGACUGCGCCCACUCUCCUACCAAGAAACACACGUUAUCUUAAUCUGUUACGAUGUUACAAACCCCACAAGUUUUGAGAACGUCCGUAUCAAGUGGGUUCCUGAAGUCAAUCACUUCUGCCAGGAAGUCCCCAUCCUCCUCAUUGGUUGCAAAACAGACCUUCGAAUGGAUAAAGAGCGCUUGAGGAGACUGAGAGCCGCCCAACAGGAGCCAAUCACUUACAACCAGGGAGAAGAAACUGCUCGCCAGAUUAAUGCUACAAUGUACUUGGAGUGCUCCGCUAAAUUCCGGGAGAAUAUAGAGGACAUCUUUAAAGAAGCUUCCACUGCAGCUUUAAGUGCCUUGAAGAAGAAAAAGAGCAAAAGGAAGAGAAAACAGAAGCAGUGUGUGCUUCUUUGACAGUCCGAGCCUGUAAUCUCAUUGAUCAGGACUAGGUACCGUGUAGUAUGUUGUAAAUUUGUCAACGCUGUCAAUAACUCUGCAUAUUUUCUACAACUUUUUCAAUGAACUCAGUUACUGACAGGAGUUUAUUUUUCCACAUACUUAGACAAAAAGUUUACGUUGGAGGUACUUUUGCCAAGACACCCAAAUAUAAAUCGUAAGCAAGCCAGGAACAGAUGUUCCAAUAAAAGUCAAAUUAUCCCAGUAAAUAAAAAGGAAAAAAGAGCUGUGUGCUGAAAUACCUAAAACACAAGGAAUAUGAAGUCACUUGGCAUCGAGCGAGAGAGGGAGAGAGAGAGAGAGAAAACAACAGUAUAUAAAAAGGACUUUACUUCAAGGGCGAAGCAACAGUCAGCUUGAAGCUGACCAAACUGGUUGUUGCUACUUUGUACAAAAACAGGUCUUCAGUUUCAAAGGUCUUUUAUUGUCACGUGUACCAAGAUACAAGAUACAUUUAUUCAUCACAUGUGCCAGAUGGCACAGUGAAAUGAAAUUCUCAUACAGCCAUACAAUAAAAAUAAGGGACACAACACACUAUAGAGUUAGACAUAAAACAUCCCCACACAGCAGAAUCAGAGUUUCCCACUGUGUGGGAAGGCACCAAAGUCAGUCUCUUCCUCCAUUGUUCCCCGUGGUCAUGGCCUCCCCGUGCCCUCCGCAGUUGCCGCUACGGGCGGCCCGAUGUCGGCGGCUCCCAAAGUCCGCAGGCCGCGCCGGGUGGAGACUGCUGCCCCAGGACUCCGUGUUGGUGAUCAGCGCCGCCCGCGUUGGAAGCUCUUCCCGCAGAGCUCCACGAUGUUGGAGCAGCGGCCCAACGCUCCGAGUUCCAACCGGCGGCCCAGGUAGGCAUCGCCCGCUCCGCGGUGACUCCAGCGCUGCGCCGCCACUGUAGCAGCCCCGGUUCCCGGUCCCCGGCAGGAAAGGCUGCUCCGAUCCAGCUGGUAGGCCGCGAGGUGGGGGGCGAGGACACGACUCGGAGAAAUAGUCGCGUCCCCGCCAGGAAGAGACUAGGAGACGGUUUCCCCCUUACCCUGCCCCCCUCCCCCACAUAGAAAAGUAAAAGUUUCCCCCAACACAAGACUUUAGACUAACUAAAAAUAAUAAAAAAGAUAGAAAUAACAGACAGGCUGUAGGCAGAGGCUGCUGCCAGUGCAGCGCCCCCUAGAGAAUACCAAUUGAGGUACAUUGAUAUUCAUAUGUCACCCAACAUCACCUUCACCAUCACUGCUGCUAAUAGAGUGUUGGAUUUAAUGCCAAUUUGUCUUGUGUAUCUCAUCAUUGCAAAUUAUGUUUUUCUAAAUGUAAAGAUAGCAACUGUUUUCAUGUGCUUAAGGUUGUCAGAGAAACAAUGACACACUUUUCCCAUCAGCUUAUCGGCACUAAAGCACUUUCAAGAAAAUUAUUUUUCCCUCCCUUGCCUUUUCUGACCCGAGGAACGCCAUUCAUCAUCAUCUCUUCUCAAGUAUUUUUCUCAAGAUUUGCCAAAGUGUAAGCCCAGCGCUUGGGUAACAGCCAGUUCUUCAACUGCGGGGACUCCUCAAAUUAUGUAACAUUUAGUGUGCAGGAACAAUCAAAACCUGUAAUUACAUUUACCUCUGUGGUCACUAGAGGAUGGAUGCUGAUAGCAGCAUCUCUACCACGGAACUAAUUGAGAGGAGUUGAUUCAACAAGGUGGGAAAUGGAACCAGGAUUUGUGGUCGUACCGGUUACACACGCACUGCCUUUAAAACUGACCCAGGUUUCAAGCACUUUUCUGAAGAAAAAACACCGUGCAGAAGGAGAAGAUUUAAAGAUUUAGGUACAAUUUUUUAAUUUUAAAGUUUAAUUUUUUUUGCAAAUUAUAUGAGAGUUUAAAAUUGUAGUAGGAUAAUGUAAAAGCAAGGAGCCCAGUUAAUGGAUAAAAAAGGGCCUUGCACACCAGCCUACAAUAUCUGAAUUUUAAGGAAGCGCUGGUAGGCGAGAGAGAAAGAGAGACACGGUGCAGUGGUGGAGAUUACCGGGGGCAUACAGGACAAUGCAACUCUGGGAAAUUGCACUAUUUGCUACAUUUUUCUGUCAUUGUGUGUUCAGCAGGAUGAAGGGAAUCUCCCUUUAAAUGCUAAAUGGUACUUCAGAAAUUUUCCUCCACCUGUAUUUAAAAAGAAAGUGUGAUUUUGGAACAUCUUAUUUUCCACUGCUAGUAUUAAACCUUUGAGGAAAAUUUUAGGAGAUCUUUUUCCAAAGCUUAUUACUUCAUACUACAACAAUUUGUGGAAAGUAGGAAUGUAUCGCACCAGUAUGUAGUAAAAUUCAUAAAAUGA